CAACCAUGUAGACACUUCUGUAGAUAUUUGUAAACAAAUUAACCUAUUCGUUCUCUUUUGUUGGUUUACACGAUUUUAAAGUGCAAAAUGGUUUCGGAAUUACGAUCACGAAAACUUGCCUCUUCGGAGGAAAAGGUAAAACAAGAGAUAUCUGAUAAGAAAAGUGAAGAUGGGAGCAAGAAAAGAAAAGCUGUUCGUGCCAACAACGGAAGUCAAAGUGUAUUCCGACGCCUUCUCGAAUGGGAUAAAGAAACGUCGCUUCUUUGCAGCAUCUGUGCAUCGCCAACCUCGGGCCAUGGAAGCUUGAGGUUGUUCUUCAAAUUGAUUGAGUUAGGUGGCCAUGGAGUGCCAUGGAUAGUGAUUCCUGUCACUUUGAUGUAUUUCACCGAGGAUCCUUGGUUCAUGGAAAUUUUACUCAACCUCUUGGCAGGAAUCUUUCUGGAUCUGCUGGUGAGCCUGAUUCUCAAAUCUCUGGUCCGAAGACCUCGACCCAACGUCAACCAGAAUGAUAUGGUCCUAACUGCAUCCGUAGAUAGCCUGUAUUCCUUCCCUUCAGGUCACUGUACACGAGCAGGGAUGCUAGCCUUCUUCUUCAUAGCCAACAUCGAUUUCACUGUCAUCCAGGCUAUGAUACUCUUAGUUUGGACUGUCGGGAUUGCUUUAUCGAGGGUCUGCUUGGGACGCCAUUACAUUAUGGAUGUCAGCUGUGGCCUCAUCAUAGGCCUUCUUCAAGGAAUAUUCAUCCAGUAUUACUGGCUGCCUCUGAAGAGCUUUGAAGAUUUAAAAGGAUAUUUUAUUCUGAAGCAAUGAGCAAAUGGCAAAUCAGCAUUUAACUCUUUGUGAAAUGAACACUAUUUGGUUUUAUCCUAACACCGAUGUAUGUAAGCGCUGUACUUACUACUUUUAUAAGUUCUGUGAACUUCAAAGGCUUAUUACUUGGGUGCAAUGCAAACCCAUGACCUUUGACCUUUGUCAAUCUGCCCUUUAAUACCUAUUUAUUUUUGCAGUGGCUUUUUAUGUGCUUUUUUUGUUUUUUUAAAGGCAGUGUAUACUUUGUGUAUGUCAAAGACCAGUAUCCCCACUUUGUGUGUACCCCAAACUUUCAAAGGCUUUUUUGAAGCCUUUCUUAGACUUGAAUUUCGAGUUGAGAAAAAUGACCUCUUAAAGGCAGUGGACACUAUUUGUAAUUACUCAAAAUAAUUAUGAUCACAAAACCUUACUUGGUGAUGAGUA